AUGAAAGCCGACCGAGAAACAAAGCGCCUUUUUGUGGGUGGCCUUGGCCGGAGCAUUUCUGAGGUGGACCUACAAAACCAGUUCAGCAGAUGUGGGGAAGUUUCUGACGUGGAGAUCAUCACGCGGAAAGAUGACCCAGGAAACCCACAGAAAGUCUUUGCACAUAUCAACGUCAAAGUAGCAGAAUCAGACCUGAAAAGAGGUAUGUCUGCUUUAAAUAGCACAAAAUGGGAAGGUGGAACACUACACAUUCAAUCAGCAAAGGAAGUUUUUUUGGACAGAUUGGCCCGAGAGAGAGAAAAUGCACAGGCAAAGAACGAAAAACCAGUAAGAGGCAACACCGACUUAAAAGAAAAGUUGGGAAUGGUGGAUUUCCAUAUGGAAGCUGGGCCAGGGACAGAAGCACCAGGGCACAAAAAUAGGGUUGUAAGUAAAUUUGGGAGAGUCUUACCUGUUCUUCAUCUAAAGAAUCAACAUAAACAUAAAAUAUCCUUUCCGGGGACGGAGCGGGAAGGAGAGUCCGCCGCCACCGAGCCGCGCCCGGCCCGCCACACCCGGCGCGUCCCUACCCGAAUCCGAACAGGGGGUGCGUGA